AUGUCAAACCGUCACUCGGUCUUCUCGACUCAGUCCGCGGGCAUGUCCGGCGGGCCUCGGCCACAACACGGCGCCCAGGUGUCAACAACAACAUUACUGAACGCCCUCCACUCGUUUUACAAUGCCGGUCAACCAUACCAACUGGAUUCUUCUACAAGUCUGGUUGUGAACACCUGGGUCACGGCCUCUACCACCUUGCCCGACGGCCGAAAUGGUGUGACGGUCGACCGUGAUCUGGCAAUCCGGGCUUGGGAACAUGCCCGGCGACGAGCAGAGGAUGGCUGCAUCUUUCUAGGUGCUCUCCACCAGUCUACCCCAUCGCUCCUCGAACCGUUCAUGACAGCUAUCCCAGUCGAAACCCCAGAAGUAGCUCUCAGUGCACUCGCCGUUCUGCGACCCUUCCUAACUGCAGUGACCUCCUUCAACCCAUCAUAUUCUUUGCACUCGGCGUUGGCUGCGACUUACACCUUGUCGCUUCAGGGAUCCGUUGUCGGGCUCUCAUAUGCACUGUCCACCUCCGGCAUCAAUGUGAGGAAAGGUCUCCUGGACAUCCAGCCCGAAGCUGGCUUCCGCGCAUUUGAUGUUUUCUACUACCUUCUCACAUCUGCAUCCACGGCCGCAGAGCGUGAAUUUUUGGAUCUGAAAGCCGCAUCUUCGUAUUCUUUGCUCAAUCGCUCAAACACUUACGAUCCCCCGCACUACCUCCCGGCGGCCGACGAUGCGGCCGCUGCAGAGGAUUUCCGUGCCUCUCUGAAGGCCAUCGGUAUCAAGGGUGCUUCCCAGCGUGGACUGCUCUCGGUCCUCGCUGGUCUCCUCAAAUUAGGCAAUGCUGCUGGAUUUGAGGCGGAUCAGGACGAACUGGAGGAAGUUUGCGAUGAUGCUGGUGGUCUUCUGGGGAUUGACCCAGAGAUCCUUUUGAACAGGUGCUCGACUGAUGAGCGGGAAGUUCUCAUCGCAGGCAUAUACGAAGCCCUCGUCGAUUGGGUCAUUUCCAAGGCCAAUGAAGCAAUUGCGGCUGACGUACAGACUAUGCUUGAGAACGACCCCAACAACGGAGUGGAAUGGUCGAAUACUGAUACCGUCAGCUUGACUGUUGUGGAUGUUCCUAGACCAGCUCUGGCUAAGGCUAUUGCAAUGCGUGGAAUCUUCGACGAUAGCCUUGGACUGAACGCCGAAAUGAAGGAUGAUGGAAUUCCACUCCCGGCCAUCGGUGGCUCUGUCAUCAGCGAGAUGAACUCUGCAGUAUCUCAGGUAGAGCCUGAUCUAGGUAUUAUUACUGGUCUUGCUGGACGAGAACGCGAACACGAUCUCGAUAAACGCCAGGGUGUCUUGGAAAAGGUCGGCGUGGAGCUUGAAGUUGAUGCAUUCCUACGUCGCAUCCUCUUCCCCGUGGACACGGAAGGUAUCACUGUCGGCAAGCGAGGCCGAUUCGAUCUUCCCACCACCCUUAACAGCAGUCGGGUCUGGUACCAUCUCUCUAUUCACCCGACAGACGACAUGCCAGAGCAGCUAGCCUCCGCAGGAGCCGCUUGGUCAGCAGGCGCAGUCUCGCGUCAGCUGCGUGACUGGCGACUCCCGGAAUGGGCCAAUCGCCGCCUCAAGCAACUCGAUUUCACUGCCGAUUUCGACGUCGAGGAAUUUGUCGGCCGGUACGCACGUCUCGGAUGUGUCGAAGGUCAAGAUGGAGUCGAGAACUGGAUUAUUGAACGUGGUUGGAGCAACGGCGAUGCUGUUGUCGGAGACCAACGUGUGUGGAUGCGCGAAGGCGCUUGGUGGGAAGCAGAGAGUAUGUUGGAUCUCAAGCCAGAAGAGUCCCACAUCAACCCCUUCAUGUACGGUCCGGCCAUGUACGAGACGGGAUACACCCCUGAUGGAACUCCCAUGCAUGAAUCGACCAACCUUCUCGGCAUGCCGCCGUCUGGUCCCAUGGCCCCCAGCGUGAUGGGUGGUGCCAAGUCCAUUGCCCCCAGUGCCCCAUUCACCAACGCUAAUGUCGGUGACUAUGGACUGGGUCGCAAGGGUGAUGAAAACAAAGGUGACAUUGCCUACUAUGACGAGUAUGGUCGCUACAUUGGCGAAUUCGAUCCCGAAUUUGGUGACCCGAAGCGCAUCGAGAAGAAGACCAUUACUGCUGGCCGCCGUAUCUGGGCAGGUUUCGUCUGGGCCAUGACGUUCUGGAUUCCGUCCUUUAUGCUCCAGUACAUCGGGCGUAUGAAGCGUCCAGACAUUCGUUUUGCAUGGCGCGAGAAGCUCGUCCUCGUUUUCUUGAUUCUUUUCUUCAACGGAGUUGUCUGCUUCUACAUCAUUGCUUUUGGAGACCUCCUCUGUCCCAACAAAGACAAGGUGUGGAACACCAAAGAAGUUGGCUGGCAUACAGGUGACGAUGAUUUCUUCGUCAGCAUCCACGGGCGUGUAUACGACAUCAGCAAGUUCUGGCGCACGCAACACAGUGACAUUACUGGUGAAGAUACCAGUUCCUCCAACAUGGAGCCAUUUGCUGGCACAAACCUGGACGCCUAUUUCCCUCCUCCCCUUAGCCGAUAUUGUUCAGACUUCGUCACAGACGAGAGCAUGAAGUUGUCCAACAAUGACACCAACGCCAUCUUGUACCCUACUGCUGAUCACAGCUCCGGCAAAAAUGCCCUCGUGUCUACCUCCGCCCUCGGCAAGGAGACUUGGUAUGAGAACAAAUUUUUGCCCAAGAUCAAGACAUACUACAAGGGUGACUUGGUCUGGACGAAGGCUACCAUCAAAAAGCAAGCUACUGACGACUCUCGUUACUGGGUCAUUAAAGAUCAGAAGGUGUACGACUUGACAAACUACUUCUACACCGUCAAAAAGAUGAACAAUCUUGCCUCCUACCAAUGGCUACCAUCGUCUUUGACUACUCUGUUUAAAGACAAUAUGGGCGAAGACGUCACUGACAAGUGGCAAGAUACGGACGAUUUUAAAAACGCUCAGACAUGUCUCGAUUACGUCUUCUACGUGGGCAAAGUUGAUUUCCGUGACAGUCCACGAUGCACUGUGAACAACUGGAUUCUUCUCUCUUUCACCAUUCUGAUUUGUGCUGUCGUCUUGGUCAAGUUCCUGGCAGCCUUGCAGCUUGGCUCAAAGCGCCGUCCCACUCCCCAGGACAAGUUCGUCAUCUGUAUGGUUCCUGCCUACACUGAGGGUGAAAACGAUCUUCGUAAGGGUCUUGAUUCCCUGACUGCCUUGCAGUAUGACAACAAGCGCAAGCUCAUCUUUGUCAUCUGUGAUGGUAUGAUUGUCGGUGGUGGAAAUGACCGUCCUACUCCCAAGAUUGUAUUGGACAUCCUCGGAGUUGAUCCCAAGAUGGAUCCUCCCGCAUUGCCAUGCAAGUCUCUCGGUGACGGAAGUGACCAACUCAACUAUGGAAAAGUGUUCUCUGGUCUCUACGAAUAUGAGGGCAAUGUUGUGCCCUACAUCGUCGUUGUCAAGGUUGGCAAGGAAUCUGAACAGCGCAAAUCGAAGCCUGGCAACCGUGGCAAGCGAGACACCCAGGUUCUUCUUAUGCAAUUCUUGAACCGUGUCCACCAUCGCUCGCCGAUGUCGCCACUCGAGUUGGAGAUGUUCCAUCAAAUUAACAACGUUAUCGGCGUUGAUCCUGAGCUAUACGAGUAUUGUCUCAUGGUCGAUGCAGAUACUACCGUCAGAGAGGAUUCCCUUAAUCGUUUGGUCGCGGCUUGCGCCGCAGAUGCGAAGAUCGCCGGUAUCUGUGGUGAGACCAGUCUUCAGAAUGAAGAAGGCAGUUGGACGACUAUGAUUCAAGUUUACGAGUACUACAUUUCUCAUCACUUGGCAAAGGCGUUCGAGUCUCUCUUUGGCAGUGUUACCUGUCUUCCGGGUUGUUUCACCAUGUAUCGACUUCGGACUGCGGACAAAGGACGACCUCUCAUUAUUUCCGACAAGGUCAUUCAUGAUUAUGCCGAUAAUGAUGUUGACACUCUUCACAAGAAGAACCUUCUCUCACUUGGUGAGGAUCGAUACCUGACCACUAUCAUGACCAAGCAUUUCCCCGCUAUGUCAUACAAGUUCAUUCCCGAUGCCUAUGCCAGCACAGCCGCCCCCGAGACCUGGAGUGUGUUGCUGUCCCAGCGACGUCGUUGGAUUAACUCGACAAUUCACAACUUGGUGGAAUUGGCUGCUCUGGAAGAUCUUUGUGGUUUCUGUUGUUUCAGUAUGCGAUUCGUCGUUCUCGUCGAUCUGCUGGGAACCAUUAUUCUUCCUGCUACCUGUGUUUACCUCACCUACCUGAUUUACCGUGUGGCCAGCCACACAGGGCCUUUCCCCAUGAUCUCAAUUAUCAUGUUGGCUGGUGUUUAUGGUCUCCAGGCAAUCAUCUUCAUCGUCAAGCGCCAGUGGCAACACAUCGGUUGGAUGAUCAUCUAUCUCCUUGCGUACCCCGUCUACAACUUCAUCCUUCCCCUCUACGCGUUCUGGAAGCAGGACGAUUUCACUUGGGGUAACACCCGUGUCGUCAUUGGUGAGAAGGGUGACAAGCGAGUCAUCGCCGUGGAAGACGAGGUUUUCGACCCGCGCAGCAUUCCUCUUCAGCGCUGGGAUGAUUACGCCAUGGCUAACAACCUCCCCGGUCGCCGAGGUGAUUUUGGCGUCAGCACAGAGAAGCUCUACAAUACCGGCCACUACGAUGACGCAGCCAUGGAAAUGGAUGACAUGCACUCCCAAUACUCAUCCGUCAAACCAGCUUCCACCAUCCUGACUGGCUUCCCCGGCCAUGGCCGCCACCACCCAUACAUGCCCCCACAGUCUCCCGCGCCGUUUGUCGGCGGUAACAUUCCCGGCAACCGCAACUCACACAUGUCCAACUUCUCCCGCUACACAGACCUACCACAGAUGGGUGCCCAGAUGGGCCAUUCUGCCAAUGCCUCCCGGCACAUGUCCAUGGGUGGUGUCAGCGCGUACCAGGACAACCCAGGCCAUGCAAGCAGACACAGCAUCGGCCUGAUGCAGAGCAGCGAGAAUCUCCUCGCCAACAACCGCUCUCGCAGUCCUCUGGCUCAAUACCCUGCCCGCCCCGCGAGCACAGCCCUCGACUUCCGUGUCGGUGCUGGACCAGACGAACUUGCCAUCACCGAAGCCAUCCGCGGCUGUCUUGCCGAGGUCGAUCUCGACACUGUCACCAAGAAGCAGGUCCGCGUCCUCGUCGAACAACGCCUGCAAACCACCCUCGCGGGCGAAAAACGAGUCUUCCUCGACCGCCAGAUCGAUCAGGAAUUGGCCAACAUGUGA